UUCAGUUCGAUUUGAGCAUUCGACGCGAACGCGACCAAUUGCGGGAUAAUCCACGGAAAAGACGCAAAAUACGGACAACUUAGUGAGCGCGCCGACCGUUUCGUAAUGUCUACGGCCUUCCUCGUGGACAGUCUCCUGCACGCCCAGCAGACCUUCACGGAGAGCCAGCUGAAGUCCAGCCUGAGCGAGAUGCUCCUGUCCUCGUCGCGUCGCCAGGCAUCCGGGGACUCUGCGGAUCCUCAUCCAAAGGAGUCCUCGUCCGCGGAGGACCGGAGUCCUGUCGGACGGAGCUGCGGCGGGUGCAGUUGCUCCAAGUUGCGCGGUUACAAGUGUGAUAAGUGCCGUGAUAUCCGAGCGGAGAGUGUGGACAGCAUCGACGAGGUGGACGAGGACGACGACUCCUCCGCGGACGAGAUCGUGGCCGAUAUGGGCAGUGUCGAAGAGGAGCCGCACCUUGACAUGGAGGAGGAUGACCUGGAGGAGGAUCUGGCCGACGUGGACGAGCCAGCGGCAAUCAAAUUGCCCAAGGUGGAGCCCAAGGACUCGAACAGCCCGGCAGCGGGCACUACCAUCCUGAAGGAUAACAACAGCAAGCCCAUCCUGAAGUUCAGUGUCAGCGCCAUCCUGGGCGACACCCGGGAAGGAGUCCGAGUCAGGAACGAAUUCAUACAACCGCAGCAUAUAUGGCCUUAUCUACAACAAAACUUUAUGCAACAGCACUCGCAUCAGUAUCAGCAACACCAUCAGCAGCAGCAGCAUCCACACCAGCAACACCAACAGUUGCCAGUGGCAGUGGCAGGACAUCCUCAUCCGCACCAUCAUCCGCAUCACCAUCAUCCCGGGCCGGGCCAUGCCCACUUCCCACAUCCCGCAUUUCUAACGCAUCAACUGCCGCCGCAUCAGCAUCAGCAGCAACACCACCAACAACAGCAACAGCAUCAGCAGCAGCAUCCCGGCAAUAGUUGUCAACCACAAACCGCAUCCUCGUCGUCGUCACCUGGCAGCACAAUUAGUGAUAGCGACAACAAUCACAGCGCCAAUGGCAAUCCCGGGAAUCCUGGCCAGGACGGUCGACCGCACGAGAUGGGCAGUGCGGACGAGGACAACGCCAAUCGAAGAUUAACGCAAGACAAGCAGCACCAGCACCAGCAGCAGCUGCCGGGAGGCCCGUUAGGGCCCGGUCAUCCCACGCCCACUCCGCCGCCACCGCCUCCGCCUCCGGUGAUUGCCAAGCCGAUGCCCAGUCGCCCCACGCCCUUCCUGCCGCACACUCUCAACCACCCGCACCUACACUCGCUGCUGGCGCACUGCCGGAAUCCCUACAUGAGUGUUGGCGCCCAAGUGUUCCCACUGCCCCCUGGCCAAGGAUUCCCCUGGGCUCACUCGACGCGUGGCAAGCCCCGACGUGGCAUGAUGCGGCGUGCCGUCUUCUCAGACUCGCAGCGGAAGGGGCUGGAGAAGAGGUUCCAGCAGCAGAAGUACAUCAGCAAGCCGGAUCGGAAAAAGCUGGCCGAGCGAUUGGGCCUGAAGGAUUCUCAGGUGAAAAUUUGGUUUCAAAACCGGCGCAUGAAGUGGCGGAACUCCAAGGAGCGGGAGCUCCUCGCCAGCGGCGGAUCACGCGACCAGACGCUGCCGAACAAAAACAACCCCAACCCCGACUUGUCCGACGCGAAGUGUGAUCGCCCGCUGACCCCGAUCUCGCCCAGCCUGCUCUCACCCAAUGGCAGUGCCACUCCACCGCCUUUGGGAACGGUGGCCAAGGACGAGCCACCGGCGGCGUCCAUCACCCCCAAGUCCCCUCAAUCCGCCAGCAGCAGGAGCUCCCCCAGCCAGAGCUACGGAGUACAAAUCAGCUCGCCGCCUCCGCUCCUAACCACUUUGAAAAUGGGCGAUCAGUCAGCGGCCGCCACGCCCACUCCCGGAGCAGGUCCUGGCACGGUUUCCACAGCCGCCUCGUCGCCCCCCGCGUCAUCCGCCGAGUUUCAGGCCAAGAUCAACGCGGAGAUGCAGAAGCAGCUGGUGGCCGCCGACCUAAAGUUCAAGCUGGAGAGCAGCAUACAGGAGGCCAAGCAGCGGCGGUUCGAGCAGCUCCAGCAGCAGCUUCACCAUUCGCCCCACUUCAGUGCCAUGCGGGAGGUGGAGCUGGCCGCCGCAGCAGCAGCUGCGCAACUGCACCACCACCACCACCAGCAACAGCAACAGCAUCAGCAGCAGCAGCAGCAGCAACAUCAGCCGGGGUCAGAGUUUAUGAAGCUCUACUACGACGACUACGACGACUCCAACUCGGACAGUGACGAGGAGAUCAGCGUGACGUGAUUCGUGAGCCGGCUGUUCCAUGUAAAUAUAAAUAGAAUGUUUUAAAUUGUAAGUCUAUUAAGGCAUUGAAAUUA